AUGUCGGUGACCUUGUCCGCCGUCUCCAACGCCGUCUCCCGAAGCGUUUCGCUGUCAAAGCGUAACGUCGUGGCGCAAAAGAAGUCCACCGUGGUCGUUCCGCGACGCACGUCCGUCGUCGUGCACGCCGAGGGCGAUGACGACGGCGAAUCUUCUUCCGAUGAAAAGGCCCCUCGCGGACGCCGAGGCGGCCGAGGCGGCCGAGGCGGCCGCGGGAGCAGGGAAAAGGAGGACGACGGCAUCGCCGAACAAGUCGUCCAGGUUUGCCGGGUCACGAAGGUCACGAAGGGUGGCUCGCAGAUGAGCUUCCGGGCCACCGUCGUCGUCGGUGACGGCAAGGGCUUGGUCGGUGUCGGGUGCAAAAAGGCUAAGGAGGUUCAAGUGGCGGUGAGCAAAGCCGCGAGCGACGCUCGCAAGUCGGCUAAGCGUGCGCCGAUCACGAAGGGGGACACGUUUCCGCACCGGGUGACGGUGAAGGGCAAAGGUGGCGCGGUGGUGAUGCUGCGACCGGCGUCUCCGGGCACUGGGGUUAUUGCCGGCGGCGCGUGCCGGACGGUUUUGGAGUUGGCUGGGUACAAGAACUGCUUCGCGAAGCAGCUCGGUAGCUCUAACCCGCUCAACAACGCGCGGGCUGUCGUUGCUGGGUUGAACGAGAUGCGCACGUUCAAGGAAGUCGCGAAGAUGCGCGACAUGACCUUGGAGGAAAUGUUCUCGGCGUAG